AUGCCACCGCCGCAUCCCCUUCCGAAUCACUACGGUGUCGGUAUGGAUCCGUCAGACAUAGAUUUUUCGCCACAGAUCAAUGCCUCAGAUCUAUCAUCACCGUCGUGCAGCGAAUAA